AACCCAGGACAACUUAGCCCAAUCUAAUCCUGAGAGGUAAAUGAGACGAACAUACGCAGGAAAUCAUUUGUUUUAGAGCUAUCAAAACCCUAGAAAGCCUCCAAUGGCGAAGAAGAGAAAGUCCCAAGAACAGCUGCAACCAAAACAAGAGGAGGAAGAAGAAUCUGAAGAGGAAGAUUCUUCCGAAGAAGAAGAAGAAGAAGAAGAAGAAGAAGAAGAAGAUGAUGAUGAUGAUGAUGGUGAAGAAGAAGAUUCAUCUGAAGAAGAGAACUCUUCCGAAGAAGAAGAGGACUCGUCAGAAGAUGCUGACGAAGCUGACAAUGAAGACGAUUCGGAGGCCUCUAAGCGCGAAACGAUCCGCAAACUCCUCCAACCCUUCGGCAAAGACCAGAUCAUCGCCUUACUCAAAGAGGCUGCGGAUUCCAACCCUGCCACCUUGUCCAAGAUCCUCCCCGCGGUGGAAUCCGAUCCCGUCCACCGCAAAAUUUUCGUCCACGGCCUUGGCUGGGACGCCACCAACGAAACCCUAACCUCCGCCUUUAAACAGUAUGGCCAGAUUGAAGAAUGCAAUGUGGUUACAGAUAAGAUCACCGGCCGGUCCAAGGGUUAUGGAUUUGUGCUAUUCAAGACUCGUUCCGGCGCCAGGAAGGCGCUGAAGCAGCCGCAGAAGAAGAUUGGGAACCGAAUGGCCGCCUGCCACCUGGCUGCGGCUGGCCCGAGCGGGAGCAACCCCGCUGCAGGGGCGGAUGUGAAUGAGCGGAGACUGUAUGUAGGCAAUGUGGGGCCGCAGAUCAGUGCGGAGAAGCUCAGGACGUUUUUUGCCAAAUUUGGGGAGAUUGAGGAUGGGCCUUUGGGGUUUGAUAAGGCCACUGGGAAGUUUCGAGGAUUUGCCAUAAUUGUGUUUAAGACUGCAGAGGGGAUGAAGAGGGCAUUGGAGGAACCAAUUAAGACGUUUGAGAGUUGUAAAUUGCAGUGUUCCAGGAAAGUUGCUAAAACGACCCCCGUCCAACAACAGGCGGUUGCAGGUUCCACUGGGGCCACAUUGCCUCCUAGUAAUUAUCAACUGCAGGCAUACCAAAUGGGAUUGAAUCAGGGGUUGAUUGGGCAAAAUGUGAACCCUCAAGGGGUUCUGGUGGGUCAUAAUCAGGCUGUUGGCAUUCUGAACCCAGUGUUAGGUGCAGCUGCGGCACUUAAUCAACCGGGUUUGUCCCAGGGAUUUGCAGGUGGGUUGUCGCAGCCUGUGAACAGGGCUCCUCCUGUGGGGUUGAGCGCAGGGUUUGGUCCACAGCUUGGUAUGAAUAGUAUAAAUCCGGGUGUGCUUGGUGCUUAUGGUUCUCCGGCUGCUUUCCAAGGGUUGGGUGCGUACCAGAGCUCCCAAUUGGGUCAGUCUCCUGCAUCAGCUGCUGCUGCAGGAGCUGGGAGGCCUCACCCUGGUGUUGGAUCAGUAGGGACCUUGCCGUCAUACUUUGGGCGCUAGGUUUUCUAUAAUAAUGUGGUGACAUUAGAAGUUUAGCUUGAGGAGAAAGUGGGACUUUUAGUGGAGCCUGAUUGGGGGCAGCAGUAGGAAAAGGGACAUACGAAGCCCUCCGGAUUGUUUUCAGGCAUCUUGCUUCUUCGGUUCAAAGCUUGAUGAAGAGCUCUUUGGAUUGGUAUUCAAUUCCCUAACUUCCUUCAUUUCCAGGGUAGCAGAGGGCUCCAUAAAUUCUCUCUCAAGUUUGUAGCUUGUUUGGUUUAAAGGGCAAACUAUCUGGAGAAGUUUCAAAAGAAAAGUCUCUGGGGCCAAGAGGCCCUUUCAUUUGAAGAAGCAGGCAGGCAGGCAGCGAAUGAAAUGUUGAUGUUUAUAUUUCAAGAAUCCGAUUGUGUGAGAACAUCCUACGAGUUCAAGAGGUUCCUGGCUGUGUAAUGGAUAUCCAACACGUGGCCCACCAAAAAUUGCAACAAUUCUCCCACUUGGACCCACUUGGACUCAAAUCAUGGAAUAUUAAACAAUCUAGAACCUCAUGCAUG